UUAGGUGUGCAAUCAUUGUUGUAAAGUAUAUUCAGAAUGAAUAUUGCUUUUGUUGUUACUCUUUUUGUUCUCGUGUCAUUAUCCGUAGGAGAAGAGACUGAAAAAUGUCCUCCAAAUGAAGCUAGCUACUGCACCAACCCGUGCCACCCCAUACCAACUUGUCAAAACAGAAAACCACAACGUCCAUCUUUUUCUUGUGGAGGUCUUUGCAUUCCCAGAUGCGAAUGUGAUAUAACCAAUGGUUAUAUAAGAAACACAGUGGAUAAUAGUUGCGUAAAAGAAAAGGAUUGUCCCAAAAAAUAAUACUAGCCACCACUGCGACCUUAAGCCGUUUUACUACAUCUACAACAACAUCACCUCCGAAACCAAAUAUACUAUUGUAAAUAAUAUUUUAUAAUAAUAAAAUAAAGUUCAUUAAA